ACUACUACUACUACUACUCCCACUUCAUCUCUCUUCUCCCCAAAACCAACAAACCAAAAAUGGAUGAGGAGCUUUGAACUCCAAACACAAUCAACAAUCCUACAAUCCAAACUCAACUCAACUCCCAUUCCCACCACUUCUGGUCUCUAAUUUCCCACCAAAAUGCAUCCCCAUUUCCAAAGACACAACCUUUCCUCCCUCUUGUUUAUCUCCAUACUAGUUCUUCUCCCCCUAGCAACCCCAGAUCUGAGGUCCGACCGCUCCGCCCUCCUCACCCUCCGCUCGGCCGUCGGCGGCCGGACCCUCCUCUGGGACAUCACCAAGACCAGCCCAUGUUCCUGGGCCGGAGUCAACUGCGACGACGACCGCGUCACUGUCCUUCGUCUCCCUGGUGUAGCUCUCCACGGCACCAUUCCCACUGGCAUCUUCUCCAAUUUGACUGCUCUCCGUACUCUCAGUCUUCGUCUCAAUGCUCUCACCGGCCCUCUCCCCUCAGAUCUCUCCGCCUGUGUUACUCUCCGUAACCUCUACUUACAAGGCAACUUGUUCUCCGGUGACAUCCCUGAGUUUCUCUACACUUUACAUGACCUUGUCCGCCUCAACUUGGCUUCCAACAACUUCUCCGGCGAGAUCUCACCGGCAUUCAACAACCUCACUCGGUUGAGAACUAUCUACCUCGAAAACAACCACCUUUCUGGGUCUAUCCCUACGUUAGACCUUCCCAAGCUCCAGCAGUUCAACGUUUCGAACAAUAAGCUUACUGGGUCUAUUCCCAAGGACCUACGUUCUUACAAAGCGAGCUCUUUUGUCGGCAACUCACUCUGCGGAGGACCUCUCGGUGCUUGUCCGGGGGAGGUGGACAAUGGGGACGUCAACUUGGAUGGGAGCAAGAAAGAGAGCAAGCUUUCCGGUGGAGCCAUUGCCGGUAUAGUGAUUGGAUCUGUGGUCGGGUUUAUAUUGAUCGUCGUGAUUUUGUUCCUUCUCUGCCGGAAGAAGAGCAGCAAGAAGAGCAGCUCGGUCGACAUUGCCAGGACAGUGAAGCAGCCGGAGGUGGAGAUUCCGGGGGAGAAGCAGCCGGAGUUGGAGAGUGGUGGUGGUUAUGGAAAUGCGUACUCGGUGGGAGCGGCGGCCGCGGCGGCGAUGGUGGGAAGUGGGAAGAGUGAAGCUAGUAGUGGUGCUGGAGCUAAGAAGUUGAUAUUUUUCGGAAAUGGGCCGAGGGUGUUUGAUCUGGAGGACUUGUUGAGAGCCUCGGCGGAGGUUUUGGGGAAGGGGACGUUUGGGACGGCGUACAAGGCGGUUUUGGAGGCCGGGACGGUGGUGGCGGUGAAGAGGCUUAAGGAUGUGACCAUUACAGAGAAGGAGUUUAAGGAAAAGAUUGAAUCUGUUGGAGCUAUGGAUCAUGAGAGUUUGGUUCCUUUGAGAGCUUAUUAUUUCAGCAAAGAUGAGAAGCUUCUUGUCUAUGAUUACAUGUCCAUGGGAAGCUUAUCUGCGCUUUUGCAUGGAAACAAAGGAGCAGGAAGAACUCCAUUGAACUGGGAAAUCCGGUCAGGCAUUGCCCUUGGAGCUGCCCGUGGAAUUGAAUACUUACAUUCUCAAGGCUCCAAUGUCUCUCAUGGUAACAUCAAGUCCUCCAACAUCCUGCUCACAAAAUCCUAUGAGGGUCGUGUUUCUGAUUUUGGCUUAGCACACCUUGUUGGCCCCUCCUCCACUCCCAACAGAGUUGCUGGAUACAGAGCACCAGAGGUGACUGAUCCUCGCAAGGUUUCACAGAAGGCCGAUGUUUACAGCUUCGGGGUACUGCUGUUGGAGCUACUCACUGGGAAGCCCCCAACCCAUGCUCUCUUGAAUGAGGAAGGAGUUGACCUUCCAAGGUGGGUUCAGUCCAUAGUCAAAGAAGAGUGGACCUCUGAGGUUUUCGAUCUUGAGCUCCUGAGGUACCAGAACGUCGAGGAGGAGAUGGUUCAGCUUUUGCAACUUGCGAUAGAUUGUUCAGCGCAGUAUCCUGAUAAACGCCCUUCAAUAUCUGAAGUGACAAGGCGCAUUGAGGAGCUACGCCGUUCUACAUUGCGAGAAGGUCAGCCGGAUGCUGUCCAUGACAUUGACGAUGGGUCUUCGCGAUGAGUUGAUCUGUGCCUCUCCCCACAACCAUUUUCUCCAUUGAUUUGUAGUACCUUGUCUGCUUUCUUGUGCCCCUUUCUUCCAUCUAUCAUUGUACUAGUUUUUACAUUUUGAUUAAUACACUUUUGGGGUGGAUAUCUGUU